AUGCCCCCGCAAUCCGAUGAUAAGCGCCAGGCCGCUCGUGAGGUUAUUGACAUUCUUCACGAGAUCUCAACCCUCCUUAACACGAACCUGGAUCGAACUGAACUUUCUCUCUGCGUGUCUUUGAUCGAGAAUGGAGUCAAUCCUGAUGCUCUUGCGACUGUAAUCAAGGAUUUGAGGAGGGAAGGAGAUGCGACUUCGCGCGCUCCCCCAAACGAGUCGCCUGAGUGA